AUGGAGCAGCCAGUGGCUCAGGCUACCGCUGACGCUUCGUCGACCUCAGCGCAGUCUACACGGACAAGCAGUGUUUCACCAGGCGUGCCUAAGAGGCGAAUCCCAAAGGUGCACAAGAAAAACGAGCGUGGCGAAACACCACUACACGUGGCAGCACGAAAAGGUGAGCAUCGGCAAUGCAAGAAAUUGAUCCAGGACGGAGCGCUUGUGGAUGCACGUGAUUAUGCGGGACUGACGCCGCUGCACGAAGCAUGCUAUCACGGACAUUUCAAAGUUGCCAGACUUCUCAUAAGCAAUGGUGCGGAUGUAAAUGCGGUGUCUGAGUAUGACGAUGACACGCCGCUGCAUGAUGCUGUAGCAAGUGCAAGUGAAAAGGUUGGCAUGCUUUCGUUAGAAGUUGCACUGGAAGCUUUACUUUAUAUGAUUUAUGGCCUGGUUUGGCUGCUGCUUCAUUCGGGUGCCGAUCGCAAUCGCUCUGACAGUGAUGGAAGACAACCGAUUGAUAUUUGCCGCCCGGAAUGCACGGGCAUCAGAACUCUCCUGCUUUCGCCCACUGUUCCGGAUCGAUGUCCCGGUGACGAAUCGCCCUCUUUGAGCCCGUCAAGUUCAACUCAUUGUGUAUGUUACACAAAUUAG